UUGACAUCUCGGCGUAUUAGUGUCUUACUUGAGACCAGUCUAAAGAAUAUCACGUAUGUGUAUAACUCACUGAGAACAAAAGUUGGGCAACGUCUUCGUCCCUAACUCUGAUACACCUGUAAAGGUGAGACAUGCCCAGGUAAGCAAUAUGGAGUAUAUAUAUAUAUUAAUGUAUACAAGUAGACCGUGCAAAGAAAUUUUAAAUGCUUACAGUAAGAAAAUAACUUUCAACGUUUGAAAAAGUUAAAAAAUAUACGUGAAGUUUAAAACCACUAUAAAUGUUGACAGAAUAUUGCAAUUUUGUCAGAGUGAUUCAACUUGAUGUACAUAUCGUGUUUAUAGACUGAAAUAUGUGUCUAUGACAGUGUUUUCCAGUUUAUGACAACACGUAUGGAAAUAGUUGUGUGUUUACAUGUACGCCAGGGAGUGGUACCAAAACGGUAUGUGUAUUAACACAUGUACUGUCCAGCUUUAAAUGACGAUGUCAGCCUUAUAGCUUUGUCACAAAUAUCGACGUGAUUUCUGUGGUUAUGGAACAGUCAGCCGAAUGACUCAUAACGUCUGUCACUAAUAUCGGAGAUGAAAUGAAAAAUGUUCCUUGGAUGUUUUUGGGAAUUAUUACAAGUCAAUGUGUUGUCCAGAAUGUCAACAGUGUUCCGCAGGAAAGUGAUAUCAAAUGUUUGAAUAGAGUGAACAGUAUGGAAUGUUAAAGACAUAGCUGGUGAAGUCGCUAUUGUGAAAGAUUCAGGUCGAUCUUCAAAGUAGGUCGGCUACAGUUCCAUUGUUAAAGACGUCAAAGUCGCAAAUGAAACCAUUUCAGUAUACAAAUACCAGAGAACGCUGUUCACGAGCAUUACAGACGUGACUUGAGCUAAAAAAAUCAUAAUGUCGCUCGACCAAAAGCUCAUCGCUCUUAAUGAUGACGUCACAAGAGCAUUACUUCCGGUCAUCAUAAUCAUCGCCUGCCUAAUGGUCAUCGGUUUUAUCGGAAAUCCUAUGGUCAUGUAUUUUUACGGAUGUCGAAUGAAGACUACGCCAUCUUACAUGUUCAUCGUUACUCUCGCCAUCUUUGAUAUGAUUUCGUGUACAAUAUCAAUGCCAUUUGAAAUAUACGAGCUUUGCCAUUUCUACACAUUUGACAGUCCGGAAGCUUGUCGCACUCUCCGUUUCAUUAAUUACUUUGCGAGUAUUGCUUCCGGUGCAACCCUUAUCGCAAUAGCGGUUGACAGAUAUCGCAAAAUUUGCAAGCCCUUUGACAAACAAAUUUCUGUCAAACUUGCAAAGGUCAUAAUUGUGCUUGUGAUUGUAUUUUCUGCAAUGACAUCAUGGCCGAGUUUAGUGUUCUACACCGUGGUCCCUGUAAACAUAACUGAAGACCCCGAACUUGUGGGGUUCGACUGUACGACAAGACGGGAUGAGGAUUUCAAAAGGUACAUAACAGUAUAUAACCUAAUUUUGUUUCCUAUUUUCAUCAUUUCAAUUAUUGUUCUGAUCGUUCUCUACUCCCUUGUUGGUAAACAGCUAUUUAAUUUAAAGAACUUCCGGUUUUACGCAUCAAAGAGAAGCCCAUUGUCGCCGACAAAAUCCAACAAAAGCGAGGCUAUGACGAUGUCGAUUAGUUUGCCAUCUCCAUACAAACAUGACAGCAAGGGAGAUAACUAUAACGUUAAAACCAGUAGACCGUUGUCUCUCUCACCAACAGAUCUGGAAUCCGACAUUAACCGAAAAAAUACGGGAACUAACGGAGAUCUUGAAUUUACUGACAUUUCUGCUCCGAAAGAAUCCGAAAGAAAACGAGCGGAAACAAAGAUUAGUUUUGAUGCCACCUCUUCACCUUCGUCUGAUACGACGGACAACAGUGGAGCGUCGAUAUCAAGAACGAAACAUUCCACUUCCGGCUCUACGAAAGACAAGAAACUUACCGCACAGAACAUAAACACCAAGCGAUACACAAUUAUUACUUUAUCGAUAAGUAUCGCUUUCGUUCUGAGUUUUCUCCCCUAUCUGAGUCUCGUCACUUGGCGGACUUUGGCGAGCGAUUACGAACCAAAUCUGCUCUCAGAGUCCGCCAUGGUAGCGUUUCAGCUCUUCCUGCGCUCUUUUCUUAUUAGCAGCGCAAGUAAUCCCGUCAUUUACGGGUUUCUUAAUACGGAGUUCAAGGCCAUGGUUCUGAGAGCGCUGCGAAGAGUAUGUUGUUUCUGUUGUAUGAGGAAAGAAACCCGGGAUAUCUCGAGGUCGGAAUUGAGCGGCCACACCGGAUCUACGUAAUCAAACGGGACUUCAGAUUUCUCCGAUUUUGAUUUUCAAAACCAAGCGGACACAGAAUCAAACAUUUGUAUGGUGCCGUCUUAACGGUUUCUUUUGUUAUAAUAACACAGGUCUAUAGCAAAACAAAACGCAAAUUAUUUUGUCUUAAGGAUCCAUGUCCCACUGUACUCUGUUUUUUUCUAUAUACAGUAACCUCCCCAUACCUUCCGUUCGGAUAUAACUGUACCACAGUUGGACCAGAAUGCUUCCGUUGAGCAGUUACCUCAAUCGAUUAGAACGAUAGUAUAACAAUCUGAAGUCCUUGGUUCGAUUCCCGGUCGAGCCUAUUGAAUGUUUACACUUGGAGCACUGUUGUUAAUGUUAUUUUGUUCAUUUCAUCUAUAUCAUUUUUCACAAUAGUCCCGUAUGGUAUGGUUUUCUUUUUAAAAAUCAUUCAUCAAAGGCAUAGUUUUACCGGAAAAAACAGUUUCCAAUAUCAAGUACAAUCUUUGGGCAGUGGUAAGGGGAUCCUUAACUUUCUUCCUUGUUAGGGCCGAAGAUAGUCUCGUUCAACCAGACUCAUAUUGUCUUCGUAAACUACGCCGAACAGAUAAUUUCAAAGUGACCAAGCAGCUGAUUGAACGAGACUAGAGUUGACAUAGUCGAACGCAUCUUAAAUCAAAGUCAUACAUACCAUAUGUUGUUUGCAGUAUUUGCAUUUAUUAUGAUGUGCAACUUGACAACUACUACCCAUAGCUGAUUGAUUACUCGUUUCUCUCGGUCUUGAGGAGAACCCCAAGUUGGAAUAAUUACUGACUUUUUUCUUUUCCCUUUUUCUUGUUUCAAAUUUAAUGAAAUUUAAAAAAAAAAAAUAAAAAAAUAAAAAAAAAAAUAUCCGAAUAUUUCAAAGAAAGGAAAAAAGGACAAGCAGAUAACAAACCGAAGAGUACCGUUCAGGAGUUGAAAAUGCACGAGGUGUUCUAAGUUUCAUGGCAUUGACCCUUGACAUUUAGCAAUUUCUGAAGUUAAACAGAAGUUUAGAGAGUCAAAACACAUGUACGAAAGUACUAGGCCCGUGUUCGUGAAACCUUGCUCAUGCUCAAACUCAGAUUUUGUGCUCAAGUCCAAUUUGUUUUUCCCGUUGAUAAAUUGAUAAAAAAAUAUAUUUUGUCAAUGAUCUGGAAGAUUUUUGGAAAGACUUUGUGCCGAAUUCCGUUUCAUGUUUAAACUUGGCUCUGUGUCCUGAUUUAAGCCAGUAACAAACAAAAAAAGAUUUGGGCACAGAAUCUAUGCUUGAGCACGAGAACGUUUUCAUGAAUAUGGGCCCUGUCCUUUGAAACCUGAGUGUCAAAGCACGUCUUGAGGUUUCAAAUUUUUUUACAUGUACAAGAGUCUACUGAAAGCUUUGCUCUGGUACCGUGUACCAAUUCGACAAAAACGAAAUCUAAUGCAUCAUGGGAAUGAAUUACAAAUGCAUUAUUCAAACUCGGAAGAUGAUAGAAGCUGUGUUGAUUGAGUAUCUAGAAAUUGGCAUCAACAUAAGUUAUGCAUAGUGUAAUCGUUUUUACUAAAUUCUUAGAUCUGUAAAGCUACCUUUCUGUGUUACAACAUUACACCAUGGUAUGUAUUGAGAUGAAGGCAGCUUGAUAUAUUCAUAGCAUCAUUGUAUGACGUCAAUCUAUGACGUCAUAAUGAAUUAAACCUGAAAAAGAUUCGAUUUCAAAACACAUUUCAUUAACUUUUGUUUUACAUGUAACUAUCAUUAUGUACGUAAUUGUUUUUAUAUAACUAAACAAAAAUCAAAAAUUGAAAUAAUGUUGAUUUUGGCAAAUCUUCAGCUGACAUAUUUUUCAUUAUGAAGUAUUAUUUUCAAUCCUGUAUAGAAAAUUAAAAAAAAUGGUUUAAAUGUACGUUUUUUUAAAUAGUUUGAAUUUUGUGUAUGUGUGUGUGUUUGUGUGUGUUCCCAUCAUUGAAACGUUUACAUAUUGUGCAUGCCUGUUUGUAAAUUACUUUUAUUUCUAAACGUCAUUACAGAUAAUGUUUUACUCACGGAUCAUGGUAUGAUGAAUUUGAUUUUAUAUUGAAUAGAAUGUUGUAUCUGAAUAAGACUGAACUGGACAACUAUAUCAGAGAUAUCUGGCUCCGUCUUACUGAAUGUUCGUUGGCUUCAGGCGUUUGCUUGAGAUAGAUAAUAUUUAAGCGUUGAUUUUUUCUUCAUUCCAAUAAUGCUUUCCCAUGGGAAAAGUUAAGGUAGUAACAUAUAUGAAAUUUGUACCUGUUAAUAUUUAAUUUUCUAUUUAAUUUUUUAUUUCGUGAAAGCGUGAUUUAGCCUUAUGACAUACACGUCCUCCAAAAAGUGGUUUGAUAGUGUGUACCUUUCGCAAGUUGUCAAUGUUAAGAUGGUCUUUCGGCGCUCAGAAAUCGGUUUUCUCUGAUUGGUUGAAAAACAUUCUGACAUGACCUUUUUGUUUUAAUGAAAAUUAUUAAUUUGAAUUGAUUUUUUUCUUUAUUAUUCAUCAUGCAGGUUAAUCGAAGCUUAAUCAUCCAUAUGAAAGGUUAUUUAUUAAUGACAAAGAUUAACCAUUUAUAACGAAGUUAAAUCAUCCAUAACGUCGGUUACAUUGUAUUCAUCCAUGACGACAGUUUAAUCAUCCAUAACGGCGGUUAAUCAUCCUUGAUGACGAUUAGUCAUACAUGACGUCGGCUUAUCAUCCAUUAUGACGGUUAACCAUCCAUAACGACGGUUUAUCAUCCAUAACGACGGUUAAUCAUCCAUUACGACGGUUAAUCAUCCAUGACGACAGUUUAAUAAUCCAUAACGGUGGUUAAUCAUCCUUGACGACGAUUAGUCAUACAUGACGUCGGUUUAUCAUCCAUUAUGACGGAUAAUCAUCCAUAACGACGGUUUAUCAACCAUAACGACGGUUAAUCAUCCAUUACGACGGUUAAUCAUCCAUGACGACAGUUUAAUCAUCCAUAACGGCGGUUAAUCAUCCUUGACGACGAUUAGUCAUCCAAGACGUCGAUUUAUCAUCCAUUACGACGGUAUAUCAUCCAUUACGACGGUUAAUCAUCCAUAACGACGGUUAUUCAUCAAUAACGAUGGUUAAUAAUCGAUAACGACGGUUGAAAAUUCAUAACGGCAGUAAGUCAUUCAUAACGAAGUUAAAUCAUGCAUAUCGACGGUUUAAUAAUCUAUAACGGCGUUUAAUCAUCCGUAUUGACGGUUAAUCAUUCAUAACGGCGGUAAGUCAUUCAUAAUGAAGUUAAAUCGUGCAUAACGACGGUUCAUUUUUCAAAACGAAGUGCAGUCAUCCAUAACGUGCAUUAAUCAUACUUAAAUGUACGAGGAGCACAAUCCUCCUCGUUUGUCAUUGUACAGUAAAACUUCGAUACAAUGCCACUGUUUAUCACCAUACAGCAAAACAGUCGAUAAAAUGACGUUCCCUUCCGUUAUACAGUAAAACUACAAUGCAGCUGAAUCAUUUCCUUUCUUCCUUUGCAAUCUCGAUUAUCACAAACUUUUCACGUUUCACUUUCAUUUUGUAUCUAAUCCUUCUUUUAUCUCUCUUCUCAAAAUUUCAACAAUCCCCUUCAUAAUGCUGAACAAAUGUUGGCAAAACAGUGGCAAUAUCUAACUUUAUAUAAUGUUGUUUUAAUAUUUUUAUUUAAAACUAUAUUUUAUAGACAUUUUUUUGAUGAACGAUAGAAUGUGUACAAUUAUGUAUACAUAGAUUUUUGAAAUGAAAAAUAUAUAUAUUUUCGAUAUGUUUAUUGAAUUUAGAAACUUUUGAGUUAAUCAAUGUGUUUGUACGUUGAUAUAUAUAAUUUAUACAUUCAUAUAAGAAUUGAACGGCAUUUUCUUCAAUUUCAUAUAGGCAUGAAUAUUGAAAAAAUGCCGUUUAGUCCUUAUAUUUUUUAUUUUUUUGGGUAAUUAUGGACCUAAAUUCAGACAUUCCCUGGUAUAUUCAAUAUUGAAGUGUCUGUGUCGUCAUUGCAAAAAGAUUCCUCGAAAGGUCUUACGUCACCAAAAUGUUUGCUUCUCAUAGUUGUCUAAUGUUAUUUCGAGGCGAGAGGAAAAACCUUGAAAAUGACGCUGAUCAAAUUGCGUUCACAGCUCAUUAACGCAAUUUCUAUUGGUAAUGCGUAUAGAGGAACUUGCAGUGGAAAUGUAAAUAUAUAUAAUUCAUAUGUUAAUGUCUGUCUAAACCGGACCAAGUAUAAACGGAAAACCUGUAUAAACCAGAUGUCACAUAGAUCUAUCUGAAUCCAUUUCGACUAUAAAUAACAUUGUUAGUUGUACCUAUAUACUGUAAAACUGGAAAUUCUUGCGGAUGGAAAUAUUCGCGUUGUUACUCUUCAACUGAAAGCGAUUUUGAAAUGUUCGCGUAUUUACAAAAAAAAAUAUCCAAAAAAAUCCAAAGUACUUGUGAUGGUUAAAUAUAAAACAAAAAAGUACGAACCUAUAUUAAAAUAUAAUCUAUAUAUAAAUGUUUUUGUUAGUGGAUGUCUGCGCUAAAUUCUCAAUGCAAAAAAGAAAAUCAUUUCCAAAACGCAAAAAAUCCCACUUUUACCGAUUGGAAUAUAUUAUUUAACCAGGACCCGUAUUCAUGAAACCGUUCUCAUGCUAAAGAAUGUAUUUUGUGCUCGAGGGUUAUAUUUUGAAUUGCUUAUAAAUUAAUAAAAAAUAUUGAUUUUGCCAAGUAUGGAAAACAAUUUAAAGAAACUUAAAGCCGAAUAAUGAGUUCAAUGUUUUACCUUUGACAUUUUGAUCGUUUGACAUGAUUUAAGUGAUUUACAAUCAAGACGAUUUGAGCACAGAAUCCAUGCUUGAGCAUGAGAACGGUUUCAUAAACACGACCUGAUCUUCAAACAGGUCACACAAUUUACUUGUCUUUGUAAGUUGAUGCUGUCUAUUUAUUCAAACCAGAUAUAUUUGUCCCUUUAACAUUUUAUUUACACAUGUUGUUUUUCACUGUUAGCUGCAUUUUAACAGAACCAAAAAAUGAAUUAUUUAAUUUGAUACGUGAAAAAAAUGUUGGUGUAUCUUACUCAUUGUAACAUGUAUAAGUUGACUACGAUGAUGAUAUUUGUACAGGGGAGAGAACUGGGUCUGUAUUCAUGAAACCAUUCUCAUGCUCAAGCAUGGAGUUUGUGCUCAACUAACUGUAACACACUAACUACAUAACACAACCAAGAAAUCAAAUCUAAACAUUUAAAAUAGUAUUCUGCUUCAAGUUUAUCACAAAUUGGUAAACAUCAUUGAACAAUAUGUAAUGUGUGAUUAAUUUAUCAGCACGGUUUCGUGAAUACGGGCCAAGGUCACCAACAGUCUGUAUAACGUCAUGUUCAAUAUCUCAAUUAAUGCUGCACAUAGUUAUAUUUUACAAAAGUGCUUUGAAUAAAUGUGCUAUUUGCGAUGUUUAUAUGUGUUAAUAAGUAAAUAUGACGUUGUGUUUCAUGGUUUUAAGACGA